CAUUAUAAAUAUGAAGACGAUAAACUACAACCAAAACAGCAAAUCAAGAGAAAAGACAAACGCAGACGUUCAAAGUAAACAUGUUUACCCUGCUUCUGAUAUCAGGUUUUAUCAGCUUCAGUUUUUCUCGUCAGUAUGUCUUUGUGAAUGAAUCCAAGACUUGGGCAGAAGCUCAGAGAUACUGUAGAGAUAAAUACUCUGAUCUGGCCACCAUUGAGAAUGAACAACAGACGAUCCAGUUGAUGGACACAGUGAAUAAUGAUUUCAUUGAUUUGGCCUGGAUUGGACUCUAUGAAGAUAUGAACAGUUGGAAAUGGACUCUAGAGGACAGUGAUUUCUUCAAGGGGGAAGAGAAAGACUUCAGGAACUGGUUUACUUCAGGCCAGGUGAAUUAUGGAGGACUAUUCAAUUAUGCUUAUAUGAGCAGGGGGAUAUGGUAUAAAACAGGCUUGUAUAGUCAACAUCCAUUUAUCUGCUAUGAUGGAAGAGCGAAUGCUAGCGCAAGUUAUGUGUUUGUUUACCAGUACAAAACCUGGACUGAAGCUCAGAGUUACUGCAGAGAACAUCACACAGACCUCGUUAGCAUCAGAAAUGAGGCUGAAAACUACAGGGUUCAGUCAUUAAUACAAAGUGAUGAAGAUUAUUAUUAUAAUUCAUUAGCUUGGAUUGGACUGUACAGAACCAGAUCUUGGUCAGAUCAGAGCAACUCUUCAUUCAGUAACUGGAGGACAGGACAGCCAGAUAGUACUGAAGCCUGCACUGUAGUUUCAUUCAGUGACUCUGGGAAAUGGACAGAUGAAAAAUGCUUUUCUAUAUUUCCUUUCAUUUGCUACAGUGUGUCAUCUUUGACAUCAUCCCGUCAGUAUCAUUUUGUGAAUAAAUCAAAGACCUGGACUGAAGCUCAGAGAUUCUGCAGACAGAAUUACACUGAUCUGGCCACCAUUGAUAACAUGGAGGAAAUGAACAGACUGAUCAACACAGUUAAUGGGAGUUACAAUGGUUCAGCCUGGAUUGGACAGUAUGAUGAUCUGCUGAAGAAAAGCUGGGGAUGGUCAUUGGAAGACAAUGAUUUCUAUCAGGAAGGAGAGAGAGAUUUCAGGAACUGGUAUCAUGAACCGGACAACUAUGGUGGGAAAGAACUGUGUGUUUACAUGGAUUAUAAUGGAAAAUGGUAUGAUAUGUCAUGUGACAUUCUUAAAGCAUUUGUUUGCUAUGAUGGUAGCACAAAUGCCACACAGAGUUACAUCAGAAUCAGAGAUGCGAAAACCUGGUCAGAGGCUCGUAGAUACUGCAGAGAGCAUUACACAGAUCUUGCCAAUGUGAGAAAUCAGACUGAGAACCAGAUGAUCUUUGAGAGAACAGGUGGAGGUGUCUGGAUUGGACUGUACAGAAACAGGGUUUGGUCUGACCAACAAAUUACCAAUUAUGAAAACUGGAAACCAGGCAUUCCUUAUUCACCAGCGCAGCCAGAUAAUGGUAUAAAUGAUUAUGGGCAGAGGGGUUCUCAGCUCUGUACUGCUGUUUCACUUAACGUUUCUGGCCGAUGGACCGAUGAGAACUGCUUUUCCAGCAUCCCUUUCUUCUGCUAUAACAGAACCUGCACACAAUCUUCAUGCACCCACAAAUACCACUUUGUGCCUGAUAAUAAGACCUGGACUGAAGCUCAGAGAUUCUGCAGACAGAAUUACACUGAUCUGGCCACCAUUGAUAACAUGGAGGAAAUGAACAGACUGAUUAACACAGUUAAUGGGAGUUACAGCGGCUCAGCCUGGAUUGGACUGUAUGAUGAUGUGAACAGCUGGAGAUGGUCUCUGAAUAAUGCAGCAUUAGAGGGAGGUUAUAAAAGCUGGUAUGUUCAGAGACCAGUGAACUCAGGUGGACGGAGUCUGUGUGUGAUUAUGAACACACACAAUGGUUUAUGGAAUGAAUAUCCAUGCUCCUACUCGAAUCACUUAAUUUGCUAUGAUGGAAGAGAGAAUGUCAGUACAAAAUAUGUGUAUGUUAACCAAUUAAAAACCUGGACUGAAGCUCAGAGUUACUGCAGAGAGCAUCACACAGACCUCAUCAGCAUCAGGAAUGAGACUGAAAUCCAUAAGAUUCAGUAUUUAUUCAAGAAUGAAUUUAAUUCCUUUUGGAUUGGACUGUACAGAACCAGAUCUUGGUCAGAUCAGAGCAACUCUUCAUUCAGUAACUGGAGGGCAGGACAGCCAGAUAAUGCUGGACACAGUGAAUACUGCACUGUAGUGUCAUUCAGUGACUCUGGGAGCUGGACAGAUGAAAACUGUAAUACUGCAUUUCCUUUCAUUUGCUACAAUGUGUCAUCUUUGACAUUAUCCCAUCAGUAUCACUUUGUGAAUGAGAAUAUGACCUGGACUGAAGCUCAGAGAUUCUGCAGACAGAAUUACACUGAUCUGGCCACCAUUGAUAACAUGGAGGAAAUGAACAGUCUGAUCAACACAGUUAAUGGGAGUUACAGCGGCUCAGCCUGGAUUGGACUGUAUGAUGAUGUGAAUAGCUGGAGAUGGUCAUUGGAGGACAAUGAUUUCUAUCAGGAAGGAGAGAGAGAUUUCAGGAACUGGUAUCAUGAACCAGACAACUAUAAUGGGAAAGAACUGUGUGUUUACAUCAGUUAUGAAAACUGGUUUGAUUCAUCAUGUGACAAUAAAUACACAUUUGUUUGCUCUGAUGGACGAGAAAACGCCUCUCAGAAGUAUAUCUGGGUAUCUGAGGGAAGGACCUGGACUGAAGCUCAGAGCUACUGCAGAGAAAAAUACACAGACCUGGUCAGUGUGAGAAAUGAGACAGAGCAUCAGCAAAUACUGAAUUUCUCACUUGGAAAUCCUAUAUGGAUUGGUCUGUACAGAAACAGACUGUGGUCAGAUCAGAGCAACUCUUCUUUCACAUAUUGGAGACAAAUGGUCCGUGGUGAAGUUGCUCAGCCAGAUAAUGGUUUUAACAUACCAAAACAGACUGGUAAUCAACACUGCACAGCUGUGUCUUUACAACAGUUUGGCCAGUGGACAGAUGAACAAUGCUUGGACAGUUUGCCUUUCUUCUGCUAUAGUGGUUAUACGAUGGGGUUGAGAGUGCAAUUCACAAGUGUGGAAAGUUUGUCAAAGUCUCAGAUUGAAGACUUGGUGAUUAUAAAACUCCAGGAAGAAUUUCUGAGACGGGGAAUUCCCAUCACCAUGCAUUUGAGGAGCUAUCGGAAAAUCAGUCCAUGAGAGGCAAGGACCGCAUCCCUGCACAUAAAGAAAAUGGUUUUAGGUUUCAGUUAUUGAAGUUUUAUGAACUUCCUCUAAGGUUUGCAAAUAAGUAUCUCAACUCCUGAAUUUACCAAUUUAGUUUUGUUUUUUUUUGUUGCUUUUAUGAGCAUUAAUUUUUGUAAGCAAUCAAAAUGAUUUGUUAAAUAUAGGCCCGGUUUUACAUCCAGGGCUUAGGCUAAACCAGGAUUAAGCUAGUCCUAGACUAAAAUGCAUGUUUGAGAAAAUAUGUCAGUGCCACUGUUUUGUCUUGGGUACGUUCAUAAAAGCUACUUAAAUAUCCUAAUUGAAAUAAGGUUUAUAGUCGGCAUGAAAUCAAAAUUGACCCUGUUUACUUUGUUAGUGCAUAUUACUAGUCUUGUGGUGAACAAUUAAUCCAUGCAAGUUAUUACACAGAAAAAAAAAAAAAAAGUUUGUCGUGGUAAUUUUUAAACAAAAUCUGAAAAGUUACUUCCGGUCUGGAAUGGCGUUCCUUCCCAGAUGAUGUCAGUUUGACAGCUUGGGUUGAAAAUUGCUUAAACCACUCCCCUCCAACCGUUAGUCUGCAAUGAAUGAGAAAUGGAGAGGAGGAGCGCUAAAGUAAAACUCUGCCCUCUAUUCAAUAUUCUGCUUCACUUGGAAAUACGUCACAACACUGGAGAGUGUUCAUUGUCAUUUGCAACUUUCGGUUCACGGAGACUUUAAGCCUUGUCUGUGAAACCGGAGGAUAGUGUAAUAAACCUCAAAAUAAGCUAAUCUGUAUAUAUGCAUUAAAGUCUGCUGCAUGUAUACUGUAUGCAAAUCUUAUAUAUUCAUUGUGAGGACUACCAUAGGAGUUGGGGGCAUUUUGAGGAGGGGGGGCACAUUUAUUUAAAUACAAAUACCUCUUAUUUACAUUUCAUGUCUUCAAUAAAUGAUAUAGGUUUUUGAGUUCCGGUCUUUUCAUCAUUUGUCUGAUUCUUUAUUUCUGAACUUGUCCAUAGUAAUGGUGGUCAGGAGUUUUCACUGAUUUUCUGCAGAUUGUAUUAUGUCAGCAAGUGACUGUCUUGAAAAUCACUAAUUAAAUCAGUAAUGAAAUAUAUGAUUACCUUUAUGAAUGAGUUACUGAAUUAUUUACUCAACCAGUUUAUAUUACCUUGAGGAGUAAUGAUGGUACGGAAGAGGAUUAGGGCCAAGCAAUAAUAAAAAAAUAAAACCAUCUCGAGAUUAAAGUUGUUAAAUUUUGAGAAAAAUCUCGUUAAAUUUUGAGAA